UCUCAAUGCAACGUACAAACAAAAUACCAGAAACACCCCUUCUUAAUCCCGCUAUAAAUACCGCAGCCGUUCACUUCUUCCCUCCCUUUUCCCUCGCUCUCCUCUCUUCCUCCUCUGAUUAGCAUAAUCCCUCCCCUCAUGGCCUUCUCAGAUCAUUACUGCAUCGACACGGAUGGCUUCUGGGCGAUGUCCCCGCCGCAGCUCGGGUUCGGACCCGAGCCCACAGCGAGCCCAUUAUUAUUCCCGACCGAAACCCCGGCGGCGGCGUCCUCGCCCGAGGUGGAGGCCGCCGGUGACGCCGCGGCGGCGGGGUGCGCCGACGAGCGGCGGGUCCGGCGCAGGAUCUCGAACCGGGAGUCCGCGCGGCGGUCCCGCGCGCGGAAGCAGCGCCGCCUCGACGAGCUCCGGGCCAGCGCGGCGGCCCUGGAGCGCAGGAGGCGCGAGCUCGCGGCGCGCGCGCAGGCCGCGCGCGGCCGCCUGGCCCUUGCCCGGCUCGCCAACGCCGGGCUGCGCGCCGAGGCCGCCGCGCUGUCGCUCCGGCUCUCGGCCGCCCGCCGCGCGCUCGCGCUCGGCUGGCUGUACAACGCGGCGGCCGCCGCCGGAGGCGGCGGCGCCUGCAGCCUCGGGUUCGCGGACAUCGAGCAGACGAUCGCCUCGCUGAUCGCGUAGCGCGCGAUCGAGGAACCAAUGCGCGCGGCCGCGCUGCGCUCAUGUAACAUGCUGCGAGAGCGUGCACGAGCUGCCGAGCAAGCUAAGGCCAACCUUGUUCGACUGGAGAACGCUGAACGAAAUGCAGUGGACGUAGACCACCCUCUAGUCAUGUACACUAGUUACAUAGCAUUGCUAUCAUAAAUGAUAAAUCUUUGGCGAAAAGAUGAAUUGAAAGAUUGUUGGGGAACUCUAAUAGCGUGUUUGGUAAAAACAGCCGGGGUCAAUGUGUGCUACGUAAUUUCGUUGUCAGUAAGAUAAAAAAAAGGUUUAC